GGGGGGGCGGUGGAGGGCGAGGUGAUGCUUGUUGCGGUUGGAUGGCUGCGGGGCGGGGGGUGCUUCGCGAACACGGGCGCGUACUCCGCGCUGGGCUUGGGUAAAAAAAGGCGAGGGUGGCUGCGUGCGCGGCGGCGUUGCAAGCGCGCUCUCUCGCAGAGUGACUGGUGGACGGAGAUGUCCGUUGGCUGAAUCCCCUCAGUGAGGCCCUGUCUGACUAGAGGGGGCGGGGGAGCCCGCUGUUACUGUAGCUGCGCAUGCUCCCCGGUGGUCCGAGGGGCGGCGUGAUCCUGAGCCAGACGUUGACUAGACUGUCAACGAAGAGGGAGCGCGAGGUUCCUGCUGCCACCACGCCCCCUUUCUCCCUCCCCCACCUGGCUGCCGGCGAGGGCGGGGCAUGGACUGGAUCAUGGAUUUUCCAGGGCACUUUGAGCAAAUCUUCCAGCAGUUGAACUACCAGCGGCUUCAUGGUCAACUUUGUGACUGUGUCAUUGUGGUAGGGAACAGGCACUUCAAAGCACAUCGUUCGGUCUUGGCAGCAUGCAGCACGCACUUUCGAGCUCUCUUCACUGUGGCAGAAGGAGACCAGACUAUGAACAUGAUCCAGUUGGACAGUGAGGUGGUGACAGCCGAAGCCUUUGCUGCUCUCAUCGACAUGAUGUACACUUCCACGCUCAUGCUUGGAGAAAGCAAUGUGAUGGAUGUGCUGCUAGCAGCUUCUCACCUUCAUUUGAACUCUGUGGUUAAAGCAUGCAAACACUACCUUACUACAAGGACGCUACCAAUGUCUCCACCAAGCGAUAGAGUGCAAGAGCAGAAUGCACGCAUGCAGCGGUCCUUCAUGCUUCAGCAGCUUGGACUAAGUAUAGUGAGCUCUGCAUUAAAUUCCACCCAAGGCACAGAGGAACAGACAAAUUCUAUGAGCUCAUCAAUCAGAAAUAACAUAGAGCAACGGAGUGCUUUUCCGAUAAGACGUCUCCAUAAACGUAAACAAUCUUCUGAAGAAAGGGCUAGGCAGCGUAUUAGACCUACCAUGGAUGAUUCUAUCAUGUCAGAUGUUACUCCAGAGAGUGCACAGGCAGUGGUCCACUCACGAGAUGAAUUUUUUUCCCCAGACUCACUGAAAAUUGUGGACAAUUCUAAGCCUGAGGUUGUAACUGACAACCAAGAGGACAAUGCUAUUAUGUUUGAUCAGUCUUUUGGUGCCCAAGAAGAUGCCCAAGUGCCCAGCCAGUCUGACAACAGUGGGGGAAACAUUUCCCAAAUGUCUAUGGCUUCACAAGCAGCUCAAGUUGAAACUAGCUUUGACCAGGAAACUGCUUCCCAAAAAAAUACUUUUCAGUGUGAGAAUCCUGAGGUUGGUCUAAGUGAAAAAGAACACAUGAGGGUAGUGGUGAAGUCUGAGCCUUUGAGUUCCCCUGAGCCUCAAGAUGAAGUGAGUGAUGUAACUUCCCAAGCAGAAGGAAGUGAAUCUGUUGAAGUGGAAGGAGGAGGAGUCAGUGCUGAAAAAAUAGAACUGAGUCCUGAAAGCAGCGACCGUAGCUUUUCUGACCCACAGUCUAGUACGGACAGGGUGGGGGACAUUCACAUCAUGGAGGUAACAAAUAACCUGGAACACAAGUCCACCUUCAGUAUUUCAAAUUUUCUAAAUAAGAGCAGAGCCAGCAGUUUUAGUGCUGGCCAGAAUGAAGAUAACAUUCCAAAUACAACCAGUGAUUGCAGAAUUGAUGGUGAUGCCUCUUAUUUAAUUGGCUCAGAAUCUGGGCCUGCAAAUGGUCAUUCUUCUGCAACAGUCUCCCAUGUAGAGAAUCCAUUCAAUGAGAGCACAGACUCUCACUUUGUCAGACCUAUGCAAGAUGUAAUGGGUCUUCCAUGUGUACAGACUUCUGGCUAUCGGGCAGCGGAACAAUUUGGGAUGGAUUUCCCAAGAUCUGGCUUGGGGUUGCAUUCUUUAUCAAGGGCAGUCAUGAGCUCUUCGAGAGGUGGAGGCAGCAGCUUUCCUGGCUAUCGUCGCAUAGCUCCCAAAAUGCCUGUGGUGACUUCUGUUCGGAGCUCUCAGAUACCAGACAAUGCUCCUAAUUCUCAGCUUCUAAUGAAUGGGGCCACUUCCUCUUUUGAAAAUGGACAUCCUUCCCAACCUGGCCCACCCCAACUGACCAGGGCCUCUGCUGAUGUUCUUUCAAAAUGUAAGAAGGCCUUAUCGGAACAUAAUGUCUUGGUGGUAGAAGGUGCCCGCAAGUAUGCCUGCAAAAUCUGUUGCAAGACUUUUCUGACCUUAACAGACUGCAAGAAGCAUAUUCGUGUGCAUACAGGGGAGAAGCCGUAUGCCUGUUUAAAGUGUGGCAAGAGGUUUAGCCAGUCGAGCCAUUUGUAUAAACAUUCCAAAACUACUUGCCUGCGUUGGCAGAGCAGCAAUCUACCCAGCACUUUGCUUUAGCUCUUUCCCUCCGUCCCAUGAUGCCAAUUCAGAUUUUAAUAAUGCAUGGAACACAAGAGGUGAACACUUACGUGUGAUUGUGCCACACACACAAAAAGGCUUAGUUCUUUUUAAUACCUGUACCAUACCUACCUCACAGGGGUGGUGUGAGGUUUAGAACUUUUGAGAAGCGCUUUGAAGUUCUCCAGCUCUGUCAGAAAGGUAAUACUAAGGCCACAGUCCUGUGCACACUUGGAAGGAAGUCCCAUUGAACUUUGUGGGACUGACUUCCAUGCAAACUUGCUUAGAAUUGGGCUACACGUAUAUAUGGAUACAAUCCUCAGUAUCUGCUUAGUUCUUUGAGAGUAGGAGAAGGGUUGAAAGAAAAAAUGUGUAGCUAACUACAUAAUUUAACUAGCACGUUUCAAGUAUGAGAAGCUGAAGUGCAAACUUUUUAAUGAGUUUUUUAAAAUCAUGUGAAAGCAUUUAUUUGUAAAAUAGGUUGUUACAUGGAGUGUGUGAACAACAUUACUAAGAGCUCUUUAUUGUUGAAGACUGCAUAUCUUGAAGAUGAAACCACCUCUGCACCUCAAAGUGCUUUGGAGUGUGUUAUACUGUAUUUACCCAAAUCGAAGAUGACUCUGAAUUUAAGACAACCCCCUUAAAGUAGGUUAAAUACAGAUUAUACCUGCAUUAACUCAAAAGGAACAGGACUCUGAAUUUAUGCGACCUCCCAAUUUCCAAUAUCAAAAUAGUCUUGGAUUCAGGUAAAUACAGUAGAUUAACAUAGUUUUAGAGGUUCUGAAUGUAUUUUCAGUUGUUUUGCAGUAACAUACACUGUAUAAUGAAGGUGCUUACCUUGAGUCCAAUGCAAGUAACUUUUAGACUGUCUGAUGUGUGUGUAUAUACUUUGAAUACAGCAAGAUCUCCUAGGUGUUUCAUAGUUUACUUUUUGUAAAAUCUUGUACUGAGUAAGUGGUGUGUGUGUGUGUUAUGCUUGGUAGUGUUUCUAACCAAUUUGUAUUUCAUGUGUUAAAAUUCAACAUUAAGUCUUAAA